CACGUAAGGAUUGGCAUGAGGCUCAACUUUGUGCACAGUCCAGGUUUAGAUCCCAUAGUUCAUUGUUCGGCUCAGUAGCCCCAUGUUCAAGUCGUUGCAUUCGAUAACAGUCAUUAUCCGCUGAGAACGGGGCCCGUGCCUCGCAUACUGGGGAUUUUGUUUACAAGUCAAUGAUAACGCGACCAGCACGCCAAGGGCAAAUUGCAACCCCGCGAGAACUAGAAUACCCCAUGCGCGCCAACGACGCAACCUGUCCGGAGUUUAACUUGGCUCCCUUUUUGGGCCCUGCUGACCCGAGGAAGCGACCGCACAGGUCAUGAAACGUGCGGGACUAUAUAUAAGAGGCCCCGGUCAGGUCAAUACUUUAGCCUCGCAUUUGCGCCCCGACUACUGUAUCAUUUGGCACCUCGACAAGUGUCAUGAGACCUCUUCAGAUGCCAUACAUGUUCGAGGAUCGAACAGGCCAUGUAGCUGGUUCGGACUAUGACGACAUUUACGAUCGCAUGUUCCUUCGAGUAGUGCCUCAUCCACGUUCUCCUGCCAGAAACAACAACGUUUUGGCUAUCUACAGCAUGGGACGUCGUUCAACUCGACACGGAGACGCGCGGCAUCUGGAGAGGCAGCCUUCAGUAAUACUCGAGUUUGCAGGGGGUGCUGCAGGAGGACUAGGAAAUAUCAACUUUUUUUACCCUCCUGCACCCAGCAUGACGAUGCCGAUGAACAGAUACCUACGAAAGACGGCCUUUUUCGGAGGAUCUCUCUCCAGAAAAUUUCGGGCGAGUGAUGGCCGGGAAUACAGAUGGGAGCACCAAAGCGCAGACGGUCAUGAGUGGUCGUGCAUUUCAGAAGAAAAUUACCUUAUCGCCCAUUACGAUCUUCGUCAACCGCAUAUGCCAGCUUAUGGUGUCUCCGGAAACACUUUGACCGUUCACGAAUCAUUUUGUCACCUUUCGAUCGACAUCAUGGCUUCACUCCUCAUCAUGCGUUACAUUGCAGAGCAUAACUUGUAGAUACACAAACGUGUCACAACUCAUCCCUCAAAAUUGCCCACCAUCCGAGGCGAACUUCGCAGUCAUGCUAACUACAUACUGUAACAAAGAUCCGAGAUGGGGAUGAUUACCGAGCAGCCAGAUGUUUUACUGUCAUGGACAACGAGUACUCAGUGAUCAGGCAGGGCAUCCAUCGCACCCUUUUCUUUCUUGCAACGAACAGGAUUUGAUGCCCCCCCCGUCCCCUGAUUUUCGUCCUUUUCGAGCCUAAUUGUUCCUUUUCAUUUCCUCAUUCGCAUUUAACACCGAAGGAAGUGAACUCGGUAGAAUAAACUAGUUUCCCCCACUUCACAUCUACAUACAAGCCAGUAU